UAAACCUACACUCGCCUGGAGCCUGGGCUACCUGUGCUGUAGUUUACAGUAUCUCUCAUUUGCAUUAAUUCGUUAUAUAAUUUUGUUCGGCGUGUUGUGUGGGCUUAAAUUGUUUACAAGAAAUCAUAGUUCCCGUGGUACAAUAUCUGAUCGUCUGCAAAGGCGCGUAUCAUCAUCGUUACCAAUAAAGGCUUAUAAUUAUUUUCCUCGCUUGCAUGGUCACCAGAGCCACAAAACAACCGUUAGAAAGCGACAGCCAAUAGAAACGCUUUCUUUACGCUGUGGUUACUCGUGAGAGCGUAUAAAUAAAUGGCGCACAAAUUCAAAGCAGUUAACGUCUUCUAUCUAGAGGGAGUGUGAAGUCGGUGCAAAAACAUUCAAAAUGAAAUUCUGUCUUAGAUUUUUUGCUGUGAUUGUGUUAUUUGCCGUUUCUCUUGGGGAAGGUGAGAAAUGCGAGGACCGGUUUCCGUGCCCAAUAGAGUACAAACAAUUCUGUUCAAGUGCUAAAUAUCGUCCGUUUCUUGAAAGAAGAUGUCCCAAAUUUUGUGGCUACUGCAAAUCAGAGGUUGAUUGCAGCGGUAGCAAGUAUGGGUGCUGUUCGGAUGGAAAGACUCCUGCCGCUGGACCAAACCAGCAAGGCUGCCCAUCAGAUGAGAAAUGCAAGGACACUGGCCCAUGCCCAGAACAGUACAAAAAAUACUGUUCAAGCUUGCAGUUUCGCCCAUUCCUGGAGAGAAGAUGUCCAAAGUUUUGUGGCUUUUGCAAGCCGUACGUUGACUGCAGCGAAAGCGCAUAUGGCUGUUGUAUGGAUGGACAAACAACUGCAGAUGGACCGGAUUACAAAGGCUGCCCUCAAAAAAUGUGCUAUGACAGAUAUGUUGACUUGUGUAAACAAUAUGCCAAUGAGUCCAAUUGCAAGCCAAAAGACCCGGAAGUGUUGGCGAGAAGGAUGGAGGAUUGCCCAUUCAGCUGCGGAAACUGCAAGCACUUCGCCCCGGGACUGACGUGCAAGGAUAUCGGCUACGGGUGUUGCUGGGACGGCACCUCAGCCCUCGGGGAGGACAAGAAAGGCUGUCGGCCAUGCAUAGAUUACUAUCCUCACACGUGUUCACAGUGGGGCGAGGAGGGAUGCAGGUCUGGCUCAUGGAGAAUACGGACCGGGUUUAUGGAGCGCUUCUGUCCAAAUACGUGUGGAUUCUGCAGUAAAGGACUUGUCGCCAAGCGUCUUGCUUUAGACCAAGUCAUAGGGUCUGUAGCGGUAAGCGCAGAAGACGAGACAUCGCCUCUCUACAUGGACGAAUAAGAAUAAAAAAGCAAAGGCUAGGCGCCUGAGCCCCACACACGGCACUGCAGGUGUAAAGUCAGUACCGCUAGUGCUACAUCAAGAGUUUUUAUCACAAUUAAUUAGUUCAUUUGGAAUCGCUUGUAUUAGGAAGAGCUCAGGAUCAGCACCCGAUGAUCAAACAGCAAUAAAAAGCGGUCAUAAGUAGGAAAUACAGGAUAGGACGAUCUCGGGCAUGAUAUUGAUAGCUUGAAGCAUCGCAAUUUAAAAGGCGUAAAGGCAGAUCCUACCAUUUUGUAAAAAACGAAUAAAGAAAUGGCAUAACUCAA